CUUUUAAAUAUAACAAAUAUAUAUAAUACGAAUGGUCGUACAAGUUACUAUGAGAUAAACAACCAAAGGAAGUUCACCAAAACAUUUCAGGAGCUGAUGAACUACUAGACGAACAGAUAUAUCAAGCUCAGAACACACUCAUCAUCUACUGAGACUUUUCCGUCAUUGCAAGUACAUUGGACACGUUACAUAUUGGAAUUCAUACGUUACUUAUACAAUUCUUGGGAUUAUUCGUGACAGCUGAUUGCUCAUGGUUGAAGAUAGUAGGGGUCUUGGUGAUUCCGUUGGACGGCAGUACUUUAGUGAUAGCGUCGUUGAUAGUUCAUUUUAUUCGGACAACAUUAAGACAAAUGUUUUCAACUUUAUGGGAGAACUUAAACCGAACGUCCAUGACGUUUGUAAUUCCAUCAAGCCGCCUCACACAUCGGAAAAACGAAAACGAACGAGUCCUGUUCCGGAUAAUGUUAUACCCCACAAAUACUACCUCUGUGAAACGGCUAUGGCAAAUCAUUUUGCUCAAAUGAAUCUAACCUUACCGGUCGACGCAUCCAAAAUUCAAGGUGAUUGCAGCUCACCUUUGUUUGGUGAUUCGUCCUGCUUUCCACUUGACUCAAGUCAGAUUGCUUCCGCUCAUCACUUGUAUCAAAACUUGUCAUUGCACACUAACAAAGAAGCGGGUGUUAUUACUAUUAAUGACGAUGAGGAUAUUGAUGAAGAUGCGCAAAUCGAAAGAUCACCUUUACGAUUUUCAAAUGAUUUGAAAGAUCACUUACGAUUUAAACGAAUGAAUCCAACAGAUACGUUCCUAAGAGGACUGCUUUCAUCUGAACCGUCACUCGCGAUAGUGCCGUUUAAUCCUGAUCCCCUUAAAGGUUUACUUCCGCCUAAUUUCUCAGAUCAAGAGUCAAGUGAAGAAAACUCGGACUCUAAAGUGUUACCAGAUAGUCAAGUGCUCGAUUCAUCUACUGUCUUCCCUACCAAUUCCUCUACAUUUGGUAACGUUUUGUGUAUGGAUAUCGAUUCAGAUUUCACGGGAUAACAAAAACAGUCUGGUUUUGAUUUGAUGUUUCACAUGCACUUGAAAUUGUUCUUGACUCCAUGGCUUAAAAUAAAAGGUAUUUAAAGAUUCAGAAUGUUAAUAACUUAUUUUCUAGUUUUAUUUAAUACCCCGCUUCUUAAUUCUUUAGCAUUAAUCAUUUAAUUUCUCCAUCAUACACGAGUGUCAUAGACAAAAUACUUUUAAUCUACGGAUACUUUCUGCUGGAGUUGUUUCAUAUUCGUAAAAGAAUACCUAGCUAGUUUAUACUCAGUAUAGUGUCUUUGUGAUAGAUUGACAAUCAUCUAUCCCGCUCCACGAGUGAGACAAAUUAUGUGAAGUCAUAUGAACUUUUCAUAUUCAUGCUGAAAUUUCACCAGCCACUAAACCAAUUUAUUUGGUAAGACUAUUGACAUUGGUGGGUUGACUGACGCUACAAAGUCCUGAAACAGUAUUCUAGGUAUUUUUCACUUUCUCACAAUGUGCUUAAUAAAUUACACCCGUGUCAUUCCAAAAGACAUUGGGCUUAGCUGAUUAUUAGUGGUUCUUGAUGCACAAACCUGUAUUUGGUAAGUAGAUCACAUGUUAGCACAUUAACGAAUUUAAAAACGCAAGGAUGGGGCAUUCUACAAUAGGUACAUUGAUUGUCUUACUGCAUAAUUUUAUUUAUUUUUACACCACUUUUCACACUUAUUAUUUUCUAAUUGUAACCAUCGCCGUUCCUUUUUGUCACCAGAACUUCAACAGUUCCCAACUAAAUUUGGCCAUUGAGUCAAAAUUAUAACUACCUGUUAAUCGUUUAAGAGAUAAUCUCUUUUGUGAUUCUUUUUCAUUUAAAUAAUUGUUAUGUUUUUACUCACAUAUAAAAUGUAUUUCAUUUAAUUGUUAUCUUCAUUUCUUGACAAAUUAUAAAGAAACUGUUCACAUUGUACAUUAUUGUCAUUUCCUAACGAAAUCUACCCCUGCAUAUUCAGCUCCUUCACUUAGCAUUUGCACACACAUAUCGAGUGGUUUAAUAUAGUGGAUAGUCCAUGCAUUUUCUGAUGUUACUGUUUUAAUGAACAAGACCUUUGAAGAUUACAGCACACUUUGCCUUUGAUUGUUAUUUUUAUCAUUUGUUGGAUAUAUAUUGUUUAUAUCUUUUACAAUGUAUAAGAUAUGCUGUACUGAUUUUUUAUUGUAGUGCACGUAUAUAUUUUUGGUUUUUUCAAUAUUUAUUGGUGUACUCAUUGUAUAUGAACACUAUAUUUUCUAGAUUUCUUUCUGUUUAGAUGGAAAUAUAUCAAGUUUUUGCAGCGUAACAAGUUUUUUUUGUAUUUCGACUAUCACAAACUGCUAUUUCUUGAACACAUAAAUUACAGUUUAAAAUAAUGUUAAAGUUAGUGAUUUCGACUCAAACCAUUAUGAUUGUUAUGACUGGUGGUCGACUG